AUGCCCCCUGACAUGCCCAGGGAGAACUACGCCGAACCUACCCUUUACACCCUAUCCUACCUCUCCCGCAUCAUCCGCUUACUCCUCUACUCGGCGCUCGGAAUAUCUGCCGCCGGUCUGGUCGGUUUCGAGGGCCUCCACUUCUACAUUGAGCAUCGGCUCAUGGCGACCCCCUCUGGUGCCUCAGAGGACGAGUACGGAUGGUCUGGCGAGGUCUUAUCGUGGACUGGGCGAGAGAAAGGCGGGACCGACCCUCGUCUAGGCUGGAAAGGACGGCAUGCGCUGCGCGGGGCAUGGAUCUGCCAAGAGUGGGGAGCAGGCGGGCCAGCAGGCAGUAUCGGACGGACAAUCCAUCCUGGUCCUCGAAGUGGGACAGGCAGCGGCGUAGAAGUGAACCGGGUGGACAGAGGAUUUGAGCUGGCGGAGGAGUAUGUCGAUCUGGCGAUCGGGGAGGCGGAGAAGCGGGGCAUUGUCUUCCCCGGAGGACAGGGCAAGGCGGAUCAGACGGCACUGGAUCUGCUGCUGCUCAAGGCGGGCGUGCUGGAGAGGUUGGCGACGGAGCAGAGCCUCGUCCAGGCCAAGGGCAUCUACCAGGAUGUGCUGGACAGUCUGAGGGGGACGGAUGUGGCGCGGGCGGUACGGCUGUCAGGGAAGAUUGGGGAUCUUGCGCAGAGGACAGGAGGGGAUGGGAAGGGAUGGUGGUUGGCGGGCUUGCAGAGGGCGGGUGUAGAGCUGCCGGCUGCAGGAAUUCAGCAGAAGGUGGAGAAGAAGGGAUGGUUCGGCAAGACCACACCAGCAGUCACUACUGUGCCUAUCGCAACCCCGCCUAGUCUAUCCCCUCCGGUUCUGCGAGCCGUCAUCAAUGUCCUCAUCUCGACCGAAGCCAAUCUCGCCACUUCUUCCCAAUACGCCGAGUCAGCCCGCGUCCAACAACUCGCGCUCUCCCUCAUCCCCCCCGCCUCGUCCUCCCUCUCAUCCCCUGCGGCUCUCCACGACCUCUGGACAUCCCACAGGACCGCCCUCCUCACUCUCCACUCUGCGUCGGUCUCGCACGCGCGUAAACUCCCCGCGGCGGCGACAGAAUCAGCCACCACAGCUGCCACUCUAUCCGAGAGUAUCAUCCCCCGCCUACCCUCGUACCCCAUCUCGAGUCCUCUUCAUCCAUCGGCGAAACUGCUGGCGAGGGACGCACAGUCAUUGGCGGCCGAGGCAAACUUCACGCGGGGUGUACUGCUGGAAAAGGCAAAGGAAGGGGCGGAGCUGGAAGUGGCGGGAGAAUGCUUUGAGCGGGCGAUGGGACAUGCGGGAGAGAGGGGGCCUGAGUGGGAUAGGUAUUGGAGAGCGUUUGCGAGGGUGAGGGAGAAGCUGGAAAAGCGGAGAGAAGCGGAGAGGGGGGUUAUAGCUUAG